CUCACUGUCAUUUUAACUUCCUUCCUGCCUUUUGUACAUUAAACAAACACACGGCUCUGACGCGACGUGUCGAACAGCUCCGAUCGACUGUUUCAACGCUAGCCGAUACAAAGUAACAAAGUUGCGUUUAUUUAAAUAGACGAAGAGAACUCGCGGAAUGUAAGCACGGACGAGCGUCAGUCAUUAUUCUCCUACGUGUCCAGACGUCGGAAAAACAAGCGUUUAAAGAAAACAUAAAGGACUGCAAUAAGGAUCCGAUACACUCGAGCUCUGCUAAGAAGGAACCAGUGGUGGAUAUAAUAUCUGAAUUAAAGCAAAGGAUUCUGGGAUUGCAUUGUACUCUGCAUUCCUGCUUUCCUUCAGUCCCUCCUGAUGAUGGUUGGCUCCAGAGACCGAUGGACUGUGGAUGAAUAGAACUAAAUGGGUGGACAAACGGACAGAACCAACCUGCCACUAUGGCAGCUUAUGCCCUGAACAGCCUGAUAAUGAUGAACCCCAACAAUCUGACCAAUAAGAGCAGCCCGCGUUCAGGAAGGCCCGUUCUUCCUGUACCCGAUCGUUCUACGUAUAACCCGGUGCUGGGGGGUGGCGGAGGAUCCUAUAGCCCAAGCAUCAUGAGUCCUGGGUCUCCGGGAAAAUCAUUUGUCUACCCAACUGUUUCCAGUCCUAGUAGCCCGAGGGCACUUUCUCCAUGUCGACGGCCGGAACUGCUGGGGGUGAAUGUGGGCAGUCGGGUGCGCAGACUGAGUGGGUCAGAUCAGGAGAAAGACCAGGAGAACGAUGACCGCCGUGUCGCUCAGCAAAUGGAGCUACACUCGGAACUGCAGAAUGUAGAGGUGAACAAAAAGGUGGACCUGUUUGAGGCUCACAUCUCUGCACGGGCGUACAGCAGAGAGGCUCAGAGAAGCCCAUGCAUUUCCAGGAGAGCUUCCCCGAACGUCUCCCCGACAGCUCAACUCAGCUUAAACCCAGAGGAAACGCCUCUGGCUUCACAGAACAAGGAACAAGGCAUCCCCAAAGAACUGCAAAAUGGGAAAGGAUUUUGGGACCCGGAGGGGGGGCAGGGGGUCAGUGGUGCAGAGAAGAACGGGGCCGACCCAAAUACGGAAGAGGGCGGCCCACUUGAGAGCACAUCAGCAGGAACUAAGAGCAAAGCUGACAGCCCUAACGCCAACCCUUCCAGGAUUCCAGACAUCAGCAACCUCACUGCCGGUGAGCGCUCGGCAUAUUGGACUGAGACAUGUGCUGAGCCAACAGAAACGCAGGGACAGCCUAACGGGAGCACCCCAGAGGUGGCUGCCAUCCCCGCUGUCAUCAUCACAGACCACGGCAUGGAAGUCAGCGGGGAGGGCAAGGAGCCCCAAGUCAGCCCUCAACCUUCAAGAUCUUUGAGGAAGCUUUCGUCUUCAUCUGCUUCUUCAACGGGUUUCUCAUCCUCGUGGGAAGAAUCGGAGGACGACAUCUCCAGUGACACUGAACGCUCCUCAGCCUUCUUACAGACUCAACAGAAAGCGCAUAAAUCAUGGAGGAAGAUCAAGAACAUGGUUCAGUGGUCACCAUUUUUGAUGUCCUUCAAGAAAAAGUACCCUUGGAUCCAGCUGGCUGGCCAUGCAGGUAAUUUCAAAGCAGGUGCUAAUGGUCGUAUCCUGAAGAAACACUGCGCGUGCGAGCAGCAAUGUCUGGACAGGCUAAUGAAAGACGUGCUGAAACCCUACGUUCCUGCAUAUUUCGGAGAUGUAGAGAAGGAGGGAGAGAAGUACAAUCAGAUGGAGGACUUACUGGCAGAUUUUGAGAUGCCCUGUGUCAUGGACUGCAAGAUGGGAGUCAGGACAUAUCUGGAAGAAGAGCUGACAAAAGCCAGAAAGAAGCCCAGCCUGAGACCCGACAUGUUCCAGAAGAUGAUCGAAGUGGACUCUGACGCGCCCACGCCCGAGGAAAACGAACAGAAAGCGGUCACAAAACCACGCUACAUGCAGUGGAGGGAAACCAUCAGCUCCACGGCCACGUUAGGCUUCCGUAUCGAGGGCAUCAAGAAAGAGGAUGGUACAGUAAACAGGGACUUCAAAAAGACCAAGACCAGAGAACAAUUGACUGAAGCCUUCCAGGACUUUGUCAAAGGAAACAAGAACAUCCUGAAUUCCUAUCUGAACCGCCUUAAGGAGAUCAGAGACACCUUGGAGGUUUCACCAUUUUUCAAGACACAUGAGGUGAUCGGCAGCUCUCUCCUUUUCGUCCACGACAAACGGGAACAGGCAAGAAUAUGGAUGAUAGAUUUCGGCAAGACCACUCCGUUGCCGGAUGGCCAGGAGCUGUGCCACAGGGCGACCUGGGUGGAGGGUAACAGAGAAGACGGCUACCUAUACGGCCUGGAUCACCUCAUAGACAUUGUGAUCUCCAUGCUUGCUACUAAACCCGAUUAGAGAUUCCGUCUUCUCUGCCUGCCCUCGGGGCUGGUCGCCCGCACUACAGUUCCACACCUCGCUGGGUUACCCUAAAGCUAUCCUAACCGAUCUUACCAAAAAAGCAAACUGUAAAAUUGAAUACGAGAACGCCGCAGUGGCCUUUAAUGAGCGUGUAUGUUUGUAAACUUGUAGAUGCUGUACAUAUGUAGUGUAAAAGCCAUUGUUUUAGCUCAGGAUGUUUGUGAAUAGAAUCUUUGCAGCUAGAUGCUUAUACAGACAGGUGGAUUUUUUAAGUCGCAGUCCUUUUUCACUCUCAUCCACUUUUUAUGCCAGUUCUUUUGCUAGUGUUAUGGAAUAAUGUCGAGUUCUUACGGUUGCACUUCUGCUUUUUGGUUUACACAGACGUUUACAUGCGCUUGCAGAAUCUUUUAUAUUAUCAAUAAGUGGGAUCAUGAAAAUUGAGCAUUUUUUUAGUACUGCUGUGGUAAAGUUCUUUGUAAAUAUAAGCUAUACGUGACGGAUAUCUGUAGAUUCCAGAAGACAAAACAGUAGCUAAGUGAAUGAACAAUUUGUGCGGUUUACGUGCUUUUGUUUCUUUUGUCUCCCAGAGCAUCGAUGACUAUUAGUAGCCUUUAGUUACUUGCCCCUGGUUUGUUCCGGGCUAUGAUUUCCCAGCAUGCUCUGCAGGUUCAACAUCACUGAGCAAAUGAUGUUCCACUACAGACAAUAUUAUGGGGCUGUCAAAGGAUUAAUCGCAUCCAGAAUAAUCGCUUGCGAUGAAUCGUUUGACAGCCCUGCUUGAGAACACAAAGGUUAACUGUUGCUAGGUGAGACAAGUGCACUUAAAAACACUUAAAGGUAUUUAAAGUGCUAUAUUUUCACACAGUAAUUUUGUACUUAAAAUACAAAUUAUAAGUCUUUUUAACAGCUUCGCUAUUUUAAAACACCAUGAAUAGAAAGACUAUGUUUUUAGUAAAAAAGUGUACUAAAUACAAUUAAAUUAGUGUAUUUUAGUGCACUAUUGUCUUACCUGGUUUUAACUAUUAGGAUAAUCUUUGAACAUUUUAUUUAGUAGUUCGUCUUUUUGAAUGUACAUUGAUAUCUGUUAUGUGACUUUCCAUGCAGUACAAAAAAGUAGAUCUAUUAUUUUUUAACAUAAGCAGAAUUGGCAAGAAAUAUGUAAAUUUAUGAGCACAAUUGUAAAUUUAACUGGUAAUCUUAACAUGUUUUGAAGAUGUUGCACAUGCUCAGAAAUGUCUUUUUUUAUACCAGCCACCAUUUUUAUUUGAAAAAAAACUCAAUUUUAUAUCAACUUUUAAAAAUAGCCCACUCUCUUAUCCACCACUAGAUUUUAUUUAGAUAUUUAUACUUUCUAAACAGUUUUAAGUUAAGUCGUGUUAUGUGUCAUUUUAACUAGAUGCCUGUAGUAGAACAAAUGAAAAGAUCCAUGCGGUGAAUGGUCUUACUCUAUGCUUUCAUGCUAAACAAAUUCAUCAUAUUGACAUUCCUUCAUAAGUGUGCCCAAAAACAGUGAAUCAAAGCACCGAGGUUAUUCUCAGGAAGGGCAUAGCAGAAAUACAGACGAUGAUGUAAGCGUCUGACACUACCAGUUUGUGGUCUGUUUUUAAGAUGGUCUGUGGUCUUGUUUGACUGUAAGAAUCCAUUAGGGCUGUAAAUGGCAGGUGGUAAGCCCAUUGACUUUCUCGGAGCUCUAGGAGCUACAGAUCGUGACCUUAUCAUACACGUAUGUCCAUAAGAUGUCAACUAUUUCACUCAGUUUUAAACAUUCCUGUUGUUAUUAGUAGCUUGAGAAAUAUUGUUCUUCCAUUGACAAGUGCCUUAGGUCGCAGUGCCUUUCUAAGCUCGCUCACAUCUCUUAAGAACGCGUCAUUUUUGAAGGUUUGAUUGUUGUUUGCAUGAAUAUUUGCCAUGCAAAUGCCCCAUCUCUGCAUACCCCCAGAUACACAGAGAUAUGCUCCAAACAAAAUAUUGCUGGAGAUAAAAACUAAUUUGUUGGUCUGUAUGGAAACAAGACCUGACAGCAGAAUAAACGCAAACGGUGAUUUAUCAUUGUUGAUGUAGCCCCGGGUGAGGAACGCAUAUGACGGACGAACGAUUUGUUACGUCAGCGUGAAUCUUGUUAAUGACGGAGGGUAAAGAGGUCAAUGAGAGAUCUCAGUGCAAAUGUCAUCAUAGGGUUUCUCAUUUGUACCCAUGGUGUACUCGGUAUGAGAGAUGUGCUGUUGUCUAAUAAAUGACCUUUUACGAUUGAAGAAGGAACUGAGAACCUUUUCUCAAAGCCUUGCCCUAUAGUUCCCCAAACAUAGAUUGAAAACGGAGAGAAGAAAAUGUAGAACUGUUUGGUAUAUUAAGCCUUAAGAUUAGCUUUAACAUGCCUGACAGAUAUCACUGAAAUAUUUGUUGUGAGAUAUGUCAAUCAAAAUCUCCGUGGCAAGAGUUUGUGUGGUAGCCUACUACAGUGGAAGAACAACGAAUGACGCACCCUUUGAAUAAAGUUAAAAGCAUCACAGCAAUUGUGCUGUAUAAUAAAUACAAUCUCCCAGUUAUUUCCAUUCUACAAACUAAACUUGUCCCAAGAAAUGGAAAUAGGUCUCCCCCUGGUGGUGUGGUGCUGUAUUACAAAGAACAAACUAAACUGACCAAGUUCCUGCCCUACACAUUUUACAUUUUAUGCCUUUUUUGUGUGAAGUCAAAAUUAUGGGGACCUCUAAAGGUGUCAUAAGCAUACUCAUAUUUAUAUAUUGUUACAUUUUGCACAAGAACACUAAAUGUAGCUGCAUUGUUUUAUUUUUCAUGUUUGUUUGGCUGUUCCUCUCAUACUUUGGUGAUGUAGUGGUUCACUGUAAUGUAAGCUAAGCUCAUGUUGCUGUGUAAAAAUGUGCAUAUGUUUUCAGAGCCUGUUCUUUCUCUUUAGGACGAAUAAAUCUCUGAAACCAGU